AUUUUUUUUUUUAUAGAAGUAUGCGAGGAAAGAAAAACGUUUAAUAGUGCGUUCAUGUGGAGACUAUACGGAAAUCUCCGGUUCUCCACCAAACGACUUCUACAAAUCUUUGAAGUUUUGUCACUGGUCUUGUAGAUUCACUGCAUCAGUUUAUUUUACCUGAAUCGAUUGGCGAGACUUCUCUUUUCCGGCAUGAUCUCCGAUUGAGGAGUGAACCUCAAGCAGAAUAAAACAACAUGAAGCUAGCUGCAAAAUUAGAUGAUCUUGUAGCAAAAAGGUCAUCUGCCAGUGAUUAUGAAGGAAGAAGUGAAGGAUCUAGGAGUAGACAAGAAAUACUGGGGGGCUGGAAUACAAAUAAUCGCUUAAAUGUUGUAGAUAAACACCUUGAUGUUCAUGAAGACGAAGGAUUUAUCACCAUUCCAUGCAAGGAGCUUCCUGAUGAUUGGAAUGAAGAAUCAGAUAUGUUAUCAUUCAAAUCCUUUGAUCGUUCCUUUGUUUUUCCAGGUGAACAAAUUCAUAUCCUAGCAACCUUAUCCACAAAUGUAGCUGGUGACUCAGCUCUCAGCAAGGAAAAAGACAGAGUAAAUCCUCAAGAAUUGUUAAAAAGAUUUAGGAAUUCUCAUUUUUUUGCUCGAAUUGCUGAGUCAGAUGAAGUUCUUUGGUCAAAAAGGAAAACCAAUUCAACAGUUCAAGGAUCAACAGCAGCAAUUGGAGGACAUUUUCUUCAGAUGGAAUCCAGUAAAGAUGUUAAUAAGAACCCUUCUAGUUCUAUAAAUACAUCACUUGAUAGAGAAAGUCUUGAUACUAGUACCUCAGGUGGAGUUGCAAAAAAUGAUGUCAAAUGUAGCUUGCUUCCUAAUGGAGACAUAGUGGUGCUUUUACAGGUAAACAUUGGUGUAGAGUUUCUGAAUGAUCCAGUUCUCGAAAUCCUUCAAUUCAGAAAACAUCAGUCAACAAUAUUGACUUCAGAAAACUUGAGUCAACCAAAAGAAGACCCAUAUGGAGAUCUCUUGAAAUGGCUACUUCCUGUUAAAAAUUCUACUUUUUUAUCAUCAUUUCCAGAAACGAGCCACAAUCCAAAUGCUCGAAGCUCAUUGACAAAACCCAACUCCCCAAGCUCAUUUGGAUCUCAGAAUUUUUUAUUAGGUCAUUUCAGAAGUCAUUCAAUGUCAUCAAUUCCAUCUAAAACCAGAUCAAAUGUGGGCCCAGAUGAUUGGAAUCAGAUCAUAACAAGUAGUAACCCUGGGAUUGAAAGAAAUAACGAAGAGCUUUUAUCUUUCAGAGGUGUUUUACUUGAGCCUGAAAGAUUCUCUGUUUGUUGUGGGCUUGAAGGUAUUUAUAUACCUGGUAGAAGGUGGAGAAGGAAAAUUGAAAUUAUAAAACCUUUAGAGAUUCGUUGCUUUGCUGCUGAAUGCAAUACAGAAGAUCUUCUUUGUGUUCAAAUUAAGAAUGUUUCUCCUCCACAUGCACCAGAUAUUGUUAUAUACUUGGAUUCUAUAUCAGUUAUAUGUGAAGAGUCUUCCAAAGAUGGAACCCCUUCCUCUCUACCAAUUACAUGCAUUGAAGCUGGCAAUAAUCAUGGUUUGCCAGGUUUACCCCUCAGGAAAGGUGAAGAACACUCCUUCAUUCUGAAACCAGUUACAUCAAUUUCAUGUUGUAAUGCUCAAGUGAAGAGAAGUUAUCAGUUAUCACAGUUGCAACCUGGAAGCACACGAUCAAGUGUGUUCACCCUCACCAAUGUGGAUCGUGGUCUCUCACCUUCUAAUAGAUAUGCACUUCUUAUAUCAUGCACAUCCAACUAUACUGAAUCGAGGUUGUUUUUUAAGCAGCCAACAAACUGGCAACCACAUAUUCAAAAGGACAUUUUGAUCUCUGUUAGCGUUGCAUCUCAAACAUCAAGAAAAACUCUCCAAUCAGACAACACAAUCCCUAACUUACCAAUUCAGGUUUUAACUCUUGAGGCUUCGAAUUUGACGAAUGAGGCUUUAACAUUAACAUUAGUUGCCCCACCUUCGUUUACCUCUUCUAUGGUGUCCUUAAACUAUUCACCCGCAUCACCAAUGACCCCGUUUGAUGAAAGAGUGAGCAAUGACGAUAUUGCCCUUCAUAGACUCUGCUCUGUUUCUAAAGUGUUAGAUCAAAGAUGUCGUGUUGAUAGUGACCAAAUAGUUCCCGUUUCUAAUACUGAUAUUGGUCGCACACAUAUGUGGUUCAAAAGUACAGUUCCUCUAGGGUGUGUUCCCGGUCGAUCCACAGUGAGUGUGAAACUGGAGCUACUUCCAUUGACUGAUGGCAUUAUUACUCUAGAUUCUUUACAGAUUAACGUUGAAAAAGGUAUAUCCUAUGUCCCCGAGCACCCUUUAAAGAUAAAAGCACGGAGUCCAAUCAAAACUGAAAAAGAAAUUCCAGACUGUAAUCGCUGAGACUCGAACUGCUGACCAUUUCUGCAAGUAUACCAUCCAUCAUGGACAAACGGGGCCCGGUUAGGGAUUGAGACCUAUCAAAAACCUAUCUCUCCUUCUAUGUUUAUACCAUUGUGUAUAAGCAUAACAUAUAUAUAUAUAUAUAUAUAUAUA